AUGAUGCGAGCUCAAGGUCAAACUGAACAGUCAGAUGAACCUCUGGUACCUCUUACUUCUCCUCCUCCAGUACUCCAAGAACCAGUUGAAGAACAACAACCACCUCAAGAGCAACUUCCAGUUGAGAAGUGCGUUAUUUGUCAGGAGGAUAUUGGACCAGAUGUAGCACGGAUAGCUUGCCGUACCUGUGACAGCGUGUAUCAUCAAAAUGAACUUCUGGACAUGGCAAUUCAACUAAAUAAUGAAGAACAGCCGUUAGAUUGUUGUGUUUGCGAUGGAGAUAUGAGCUGGGUUCUAGAAUUAGUGACAGCUCCACCUUCUCCUGAUCAUCUUGGUAUACAACCAACUGAACUCAAUAUCCAUAUUGAUAAUUUUAAUUAG